UCACCCCAGCGAAGAAGGACAAUCAAACAUGAGGACUUUGUUACUCCUGUGUGCCGUGUCCGUGGCGUUCGCUGCCAAGCGAUUCGAUGGAGAACAAGUUUUGCGAAUCCACCCGGAGCACGAGGGGCAUCUGAAGGAGCUGGUGCGGCUGGAGAAGUCCGAGCAGAUGCUUGACUUCUGGAAGGGCCCUACCCACCUGUCCCGUCCCGUGGAUGUGCGAGUGCCCAAGGACCUCCUCAAGGAAGUGAAGACCCUACUGCAGAAGACGGGCAUGAAGUACAAGGUGAUGGUCGAGGACCUUCAACAGAGCAUCAACAUCGAGAGAUCGCACAUCCGCGCCAUCGGCUUCAACUUCGACGACUACAACACAUAUAAUGACAUUAAUGCGCAGCUGAACGACUUCGCCUCCAGCUACCCCAGUCUGGCGUCUGUCUUCCAGAUCGGAACGUCUCACCAGGGCCGCGCCAUCAACGCCAUCAAGGUGGGGAGCGCUGGUAGUAACAAGCCCGCCGUUUUCCUGGAGGGAAUGAUUCACGCCCGGGAAUGGGUCGUGGGUGCCACACUGCUCUACAACAUCAAGUUCUUGCUGGAGGGUUAUGGCAGUGACAGCCAGAUCACGUCACUGAUGAACAGCGUGGACUUCUACUUCGUCCCAGUGACCAACGUCGACGGAUACAUCCACACCCACACAAACGACCGGAUGUGGCGUAAAACUCGUUCCGGUCCCCAUGGCUAUUCCUGGUGGACCGGUGACUGCUACGGAGUCGACCCCAACCGUAACUGGGACGAACACUUUGGAGGCCCCGGGACCAGCUCUGAUCCCUGCUCUGAUAUCUUCCGCGGAUCGAGAGCCUUCUCGGAGGUCGAGACCCAAGCGGUGUCCGACUGGGUCCUGGCGAACAGCAACAACCUGAAGGCCUACCUGGGCGUACAUGCCUACUCCCAGAUGUGGAUGACUCCGUACGGCUGGACCUCCGCCACACCGCCGGACUAUGAGGAGCAGUAUGACCUUGCUGGAAGGAUCGUGAGCGCCAUCUACUCAGUCAAUAGGAAGCGCUUCGCGUAUGGGACAAUCACCAACGUCAUCUACGAGGCGUCAGGUUCGAGCUGUGAUUGGGCUUACACCGUGGCCGGAAUCAAGUAUUCCUACGCCAUCGAGCUCCGUGAUGAGGGGCAGUACGGCUUCGUGCUACCUGCUAACCAAAUCCGACCUUCCGCCGACGAGUUCUUUGCAGGACUUCUGGUCCUGGCCGAGCAGGUGGCGGCUGAGUACUGUGACCCUAGGCGCGUGAUCGGGCGUAGGUACAGUACGUCACAUGAGCCCGCCUCGCCGUGUACUUUCACCAUGAAGGUUCUGCUGCUUUUGUUUACCAUCACUGUAGCUUCUGCCGUUACGCGCUUUGAUGGAGAACAAGUGCUGCGAGUUAUUCCUCAAGAUGAGAGCCAACUUCAGGAACUGGCGAAGCUGGCGAUGACAGACGUCAGGCUGGAUUUCUGGAAAAGCCCAGGUGGGCUGUUCCGUCCUGUGGAUGUGCGUGUGCCCAAGAACUUCCUCAUGCACAUCAAGAACCUGUUGGGUAAUACUGGAAUACAGUACACGGUGAUGAUCGACGACCUUCAACAACUUAUCAACAACCAAACGUCAACUUCGAUCCCCAACGAGUUUGACUUCGAUCAAUACAACAGUUAUGAGGAUAUCAAUGCGCAGCUGCAGGACUUCACUGAUAAGUACAGCAGUCUGACUACUCUCAUCAAGAUCGGCGUCUCGCACGAGUCCCGAGAUAUCUACGCUAUUAGGGUGGGGAGUGCUGGUACCAACAAACCCGCCAUUUUCCUGGAGGGACAGAUCCACGCCCGGGAAUGGAUCGUGUCUGCCACGCUGCUCUACAACAUCAAGUUCUUGCUGGAAGGUUACGGUACGGAGGACCGCAUCACUAAACUGAUGGACGAAGUGGACUUUUACUUCCUUCCAGUCGCCAACCCGGACGGAUACGUCUACACACGGACUACUAACCGAAUGUGGCGUAAAACUCGGUCCGGUCCAAUUGAUGGUUGUUACGGAGUGGAUCCCAACAGGAACUGGAAUGAUCAUUUUGGAGACCCUGGUGCCAGCAACAACCCCUGCUCAGACACCUACCACGGACCCAGCGCCUUCUCCGAGGUCGAGACAAAGUCACUGUCAAACUGGGUUUUGGAGAACGGCAAAAACAUCAAGGCGUACCUGGCCGUCCACUCCUACUCCGAGAUGUGGAUGAGUCCGUACGGCUGGACCCGUGACCUACCUCCGGACUACGAGGACCAGAAUGACCUUGGUGGGAAGGCCGUUAGCGCCAUAAGGGAAGUGCAUGGACUGAAUUUUAAGCAUGGAUCUAUCGCCGACGUCAUCUACGUUACGUCAGGGAACAGCGCGGACUGGGCCUACACCGAGGCGGGCAUCAAGUACGCCUACGCCAUCGAGCUGCGCGACAAGGGGCGGUACGGCUUCGUGCUGCCUCCCGACCAGAUCAAGCCUUCAGCCGAAGAGUUCUUCGCAGCGCUUCUGGUGGUGGCCGAGCAUAUCGCUAUUGAGUUCUAUACCUGA